UCGGCCCGCGCCCUGCACGCUACCAUCCUCCGGGUUCCCAGCCCCGGGUGCUGAGCUCGCCGCUAUAAAUAGCAGGUUACAGCUUCUGCUUGGGCGCACACGCUCUCACUGGAGAACGCAGGAAAGUCAUCCUGAAAAGUGCCUGCCGCUGCUAUCGCCCCCUACUCAGCCUCUGCAAGAGGCUGAACUGAAUCUGGACAUUUGCUCUCAGCUGAAAUCCUGCCUGCAGCCUGAAGGACAUCUGAACCCAAAGAAAUGGUAUCACCUGGCACGAGAUCUGCCGUGCUUUAUGAAAAAUCAGCCAAAGAGCCCUAAAAUCAGUGAAACAAUAAUCAAAGAUCUACGGUGUUGAAGAAUACAGCCUAUAUCAGAAUUUCACAGUGGACUAUUAGAUCGUUAAUGUGAAGAUAUACCAACGUUAAGCCAGAACUCGUUAUCGGGUAUCAUUAGGAAAAGACACCGUGGAGAAGAAGUCAGUGGUGAGGUGGAUCAUGGAAAUCAAAGAGGAAGGAACAUCAGAAGAAGGCCAGCAUUUUCUUCCUGCAGCUCAGGCAAAUGACUCUGAGGACAUUCAGUUUACCAGCUUACAGAAGAUUCCCAAUGAGCCACAGUUGGAAUUCAUUCUCGCCUGCAAGGAUCUUGUGGCUCCUGUCAGUGAUCGGAAACUGAAUACAGUAGUACAGAUCUCAGUAAUCCACCCCGUGGAGCAGACCCUGACGAGGUACUCCAGCACAGAAAUUGUAGAGGGAACAAAAGACCCACUGUUCCUGACGGGUGUCACAUUCCCAUCUGACUACCCCAUCUAUGAAGAGUCAAGAAUAAAACUGGCAGUCUAUGAUGUCAAGGAUAAGUCUCAUGAUACUAUUCGAACCAGUGUCCUUCCGGAACACAAGGAUCCCCCGCCAGAAGUUGCGAGAAGCUUCCUGGGCUGUGCCAGUUUUAAAGUUGGGGAGCUGCUGAAGUCCAAGGAGCAACUGUUGUCCCUGAGCCUGAGAACCUCAGAUGGUGGCAAAGUGGUCGGCACCAUAGAAGUCAGCCUCGUGAGGAUGGGGGAGAUUGAGGAUGGAGACACAGACCACAUUACAACAGAUGUGCCGGGACAAAAGUGUGCACUAGUGUGUGAAUCCACAGCACCAGAAAGUCUGAGUGGGAAGGAAAACUUACCUUUUAUGAAUGCAGUGUUAAGGAAUCCUGUGUGUAAACUAUAUCGGUUCCCCACAUCUGACAAUAAGUGGAUGCGAAUCCGUGAGCAGAUGUCAGAAAGCAUCCUUUCUUUUCAUAUUCCUAAGGAAUUGAUUUCCCUUCACAUAAAAGAAGACUUAUGUAGAAACCAGGAAUUAAAAGAACUUGGUGACCUUUCCCCACACUGGGACAACCUACGGAAAAAUGUCCUUUCUCACUGUGAUCAAAUGGUGACUAUGUACCAAGACAUUCUGACAGAACUUUCCAAGGAAACGGGGUCCUCUUUCAAAUCCAGCAGCAGCAAAGGAGAGAAAACAUUAGAAUUUGUUCCAAUAAAUCUACACUUGCAACGGAUGCAAGUGCACAGCCCUCACCUGAAAGAUGCUCUCUAUGAUGUCAUCACUGUGGGGGCCCCAGCUGCCCAUUUUCAGGGAUUCAAGAAUGGUGGUCUUCGAAAACUACUCCAUAGAUUUGAGACAGAGAGAAGGAACACGGGCUACCAGUUUAUUUACUAUUCACCUGAGAACACAGCAAAGGCAAAGGAAGUUCUCAGCAGCAUCAAUCAACUGCAGCCACUCAUAGCAACUCAUGCAGACCUGCUGCUAACCUCUGCCAGCCAGCGCUCUCCAGACAGCCUGAAGAGUUCUUUAAAGCUGCUUUCAGAAAAAACUGAGCUUUUUGUACACGCCUUCAAGGAUCAGCUGGUCAGGAGUGCUCUUUUAGCUCUCUACACUGCACGGCCAGGAGGUAUCCUUAAGAAGUCACCCUCUCCUAAGGUCAGCACAGAGGAGAAAACUACUGAGGAUGAUACCCCACAACUCAGAAGACAAGACUCCAUACCACAUCAUUCUGACUAUGAUGAGGAAGAGUGGGAUAGGGUGUGGGCCAACGUGGGGAAGAGCCUGAACUGCAUUAUCGCUAAAGUAGACAAACUGAUCGAGAGAGACAGUCACAACGAAGAAGGUGCUGGAGGUGGCAGUAGCAAGGAUGGAGACGCAGACCCUACCCAGGAAGACUCCGUCACAUCUCACCCAAGGGAGGACUGGUAUGAACAGCUGCAUCCACUCAUCCUUUCCUUGAAGGAGUGCAUGGGAGAAGUGGUGAGCCGAGCAAAGCAAUCCCUGACAUUUGUACUGCUUCAAGAACUAGCCUACAGUCUGCCCCAAUGUUUGAUGCUGACUCUGAGAAGAGACAUCGUGUUCAGUCAGGCGCUUGCUGGAUUGGUUUGUGGUUUUAUCAUCAAAUUACAUACCAGUUUGCAUGACCCUGGCUUCCUACAGCAGCUUCACACAGUGGGCUUAAUAGUACAGUACGAAGGGCUGCUGAGUACUUACAGCGAUGAAAUUGGAAUGCUGGAGGACAUGGCUGUCGGCAUUUCAGAUUUGAGGAAGGUUGCAUUUAAAAUAACUGAAGCCACAUCCAAUGAUGUCCUCCCUGUUCUCACUGGAAGGCGUGAACACUAUGUGGUGGAGGUCAAGCUUCCAGCUACAGUAUUUGAGUCGCUCCCUCUGCAGAUUAAAGAAGGCCAGUUGCUUCACGUGUAUCCCGUUCUGUUUAACGUUGGCAUCAAUGAGCAACAGACUCUGGCUGAGAGGUUUGGAGAUGUUUCUUUGCAAGAAAGUAUUAAUCAAGAAAAUUUUGAACUUGUACAAGAAUAUUAUUCAAUAUUUAUGGAAAAGAUGCCUCCUGAUUAUAUUUCACAUUUUCAAGAACAAAAUGAUUUAAAAGGACUGUUAGACAAUCUCCACCAAAAUAUUCAAGCCAAAAAAAGGAAGAAUGUAGAAAUCAUGUGGCUGGCAGCAACGAUUUGUCGCAAACUCAAUGGCAUUCGUUUUACCUGCUGUAAAAGUGCCAAAGACAGGACAUCAAUGUCGGUGACUCUGGAACAGUGCUCCAUCCUGAGAGAUGAGCAUCAACUGCACAAAGACUUUUUCAUCCGAGCAUUAGAUUGCAUGAGAAGAGAAGGAUGCCGCAUAGAGAAUGUCCUGAAGAAUAUCAAAUGCAGGAGGUAUGCUUUCAACAUGCUACAGCUCCUGGCUUUCCCCAAGUGCUACCGACCUCCAGAAGGCACUUAUGGAAAAGCUGACACCUAAGUGUACCAACAUGGAGACAAACAGGAACACAAAUACACUGAGCUUGGAAGAUCUCCACCUCUGUCAUUUUUAUUUUUUACCGUUAUGAGUUUGUGGGGUGAGACGCUCAUGGGCGUUGUACACAUCAAGGCCAACACAUUACUCAGAAGGCAGCCCAGGUCUGAAGCCUUCCCAGCACUUCCGUGUCCACUGUAUCUGCUCUCCUUUGUGUUAACACACCUCACUGGUUGAGGUUAGUUGAGAAAGUGUAAUUCCAUUUGUAGGGUACUUAAAUAAAACAUAUCCUGAGGAAACAAGUUUUCUCCCAUGGUGCCAGAGGUGACUGAGAGAAUGCCACACUCUACCUAAGCAAGUAAAGGCUGUGGGUUCGUGUGAUGUUACUUCAGAGUCUUGACUGCAGACAACCUUACAGCCGAGAUUACUGGCUUUUAUAAAAUAUGCAUAUAGUAAAUGGAAUUAGGUGAUGGUCAACCGUGCCCUUGAUUACUGACAUGGUUUGCAGAUAUGUUUAUACAAAUCUUUGUCAUCCAGUUCGUAUGUGAUUCCACUUUCUAAGCUGGUAGAUGAAAGUGUGAUCAGAGUCAUGAGCUACAGCACAAAACUAUGGCUCUUCAUGAAACUCUGAUGUGGGCUGGGUAACCCACAGAAACACAGCAAUGUGGAGCCUUUAAUGUUGUACGGGGAAAACACUUGAAGGUACUAAAGUUGCAAAGAAAUUUAAAGUUAGUGCCUGCUGAUGACCCAAAUAACAAUCUCCAGCAGCUUGAAACUCAUUUAGAAAAAAAAAUCAUAGAAAAGGAGAGAGAGAGAGAGAGAGAGAGAGAGAGAGAGAGAGAGAGAGAGAGAGAAAGAGAGAAUUUCGAUCUAUGAGAUGUUCCCUGGGAGUCCUCUCUUAAGUGUAUCAGUUUGCAGUCUGUCAUAGGUCAAUAUGUACGAAGUGGAAAACCCUAAAUCAUGUGUACAGCCAUAAAUGGUAAUAAAUCAACACAAUUCCUGUCAGGAAAUCUGGAUAUCAUAUUUGUCCUUACAGUAAAAUUACACAAAUUUAAAAUGAUUAAUAUUCCAAGUUAGUCAUUUCCUUGGAGACCAUGUUACAUAAGACCACCAUGCAAAGGAAGCAAUGACUGCAGAAUAGCAAUCUCAGUCACCCUUACCAUAUCACUCUUUAAACGUCCUAACCUACAGCUUCCUUCUUCUUCAGACUGUUACAAUUUUUAUGUAUGAAAAUUGACAGAGGAGAACCAAAUAGAAAUUAGAAUUUAUCACUGAAUUAUCAUUCAGAAUAUAGUGAUACGAAAAACAGUUGUAUUCUUCCCUUUCUCAAAACACACAUCUCCUCAGAGCAUGCUAAAGGCUUCUUACACUGAGACCUCUCUGCUGUGACUUCACUCAUGGAGCCAUAUUGUUUAUCUUCAUGGGUAACAUGAUAGCCAUUUGCCUAAAAUGUUCUGUCCGUGUAAAGGGUUUUCAAGUAGACUUCUAGUCCAAUGUUGAGUUUUCCAGGGGACUGAAAACAGAAAAUAACCCUCAGAGGCUUCUCAUAAUGGAAACAUCCAUUCUUUUUUUUUUUAAGCUAAUGACAUAUGGUGGUUACCAAACUAUGUAUAACCUUCAAAGAGAAAAAAAUGGAUUCAUAUAUAAAAACUUGUCUUAGUGUUCUCAGACCUAUUCUCCAUUUCAGUAAUUUAUUAUAAUGUUUCUAAUUAUUCUGCUUUUAUCAAGGUAUUAGGAUUUGUGGUUAUUUUUGUUACUGUACUGAGUUUAAGAUAGAAAAAGUUGUGAUCUAUGAGGUUUUGUGUCUAUCCCUGAACUUUUCUUAGUAUCUCAAGUAGUGAUUUGCAGCCCAGGACACCUUCUAUAAUUUUUAGGUCAUAAAUAUUUUAUAAAUAACAGUUCAUGCUUAUGUAUUGUUUUAUAAAUUAAGCAUCUUAAUUCAAAUAUGGCAAAUAAUUAUUAACCUGAAAGAAAAUAUCAUGGUUUCCCAGUUUUGCCUGACAUUUCAUAGGAUCUUUUUCUUUGUCAAUAAACACUUAUGUAGACAUAUCAAAGGUUGACAUCUGUAAUGCACAAAAUGAAGUUUCUUAGUCAUUGCCAGCAGCACCACUUCCUAUGGGAAUCAUAUGUCUGUACAUCCCUUCCACAGAGGAUUUUAACAAGAAGAUUCCCAUUUUCUAAGUGUGACUGCUCUUCUCUGAGUGCACUCGGGCAACAACACCCUGACCCAUCAUUAUCGGGGCUUUCAGAACCAAAUAGUAAAUGAAAUCUUUUAAAAAUCUCCCUUGCAUAAACAUUGCUACAGUUAUGUGGCUCUGUUAGCUACCUUCACACUGUCUCAACCAUGCGUUCAUUUAAGAACUAUACCAACAGCCAUUUCUGGGAGAUAUGUGUGCUCAAACAAUUUAUCAAGAAAAUGACGUAUCCAAAGAAUGAAGUGUUUUGUUUUCUUAAAAAUAUAUUUUUUUCUUACCAAAUGCAGCUAUAAAUUCUGGUUUAACUAUGUACAGAGCCAUCAGAGAAAUAUAUUAAAAGCAAAAAAAGGGGGCACACCCAUGAUUAUUAUCCAAAGGUCUAGAGUGCGCAUGUAUCCUCGGGACAACUAAAUGUACAUUUAAAGCAUCUGACUGAAGAAGAGGUACCCUUGUGUGCAGCAGCUCACUGAAUUCCCACCUCUGCUUUUCUUCCUCAACAAUGCCUUGUGCUUUACCACACACUGCUUAAAACACCUUCUAAAUGCUAACAUUUUGGUCAACCUGGUAUUCCAGUAGGGCCACAAUAACUAUAUGAAACAGCUGACGAAUUCUUUAAAACCACUCCCCAGUCACCCAGUACUCUCUAUGGCCACUAGGCACUCAGGAUACUAUUGCUUCUGACAAACAGUAAAGCCUUCGAACCAGCAGAGACCGAGUGAUACAGCCCCUCCUCCUCCGUUUUUCAUACAUUAAGUGAUUUUUAUAAAAUAGGACUCAGAAUGGUAAAAGGGGAAAAUGUGAUACUUUUUUUCUAAUCAGAUCCCUCCCUCUGUAAAGAAGCUGUGCCAAGAGGCUUUCUCCCAGGUGUCCCUUAGGUGGCUCAUUCAAGAGAUGCUGUCACUGAGUUUUCUGGAAUUGUGCAAACUGGCUGCUACAUGCUACUGUGAUUAGCCAUGUUAUGAUAUGAAUUUGUUAAAAGUGAAGAUGGAAACCAAAUCUUAUAACUUCCUGGCGUUUUUAAGCCAGAUUUUGCUAUCUAUUACAUUUCUAAAUGUCGUUGAUGCUGGUGGUUCCGCAUUAUUUAAAUGCCGUGUUGGUGAUAUGCCACUGUGAACCACUGGACUCCACAUUCAGCAACACAAUGUUGGUAUCUUGAAAUCACCCACCAUGGGAAUACUCAAACCACAGAAAUUGCCAGAUGUUAUAAACUAGGAUAUCUAUUUUCUGGAACACCAGUUGUUAAACAUUUACCAGCCAGUGCAUGGCACCGUGCCACUAUAGAUUUAUUUUUCUCCAGAGAAUAACAAAUUAUUGGAAUGAGGAUAAUAUUAGGAUGGUUUUUAAAGGAAAGCAGUCUUUUAUCAGAUUAUUAUAAUUUUAUUUUAGAUUUUUAUCCUCCUUAAGAAACACUGUUAGUCUAUCCAGUAUGUUGGAUACUUAUAUUUUAUUCAUAAUUCAGUUACUAAAAAUAAAACAAUUGUUUGUUUUAUUAACUAAAUUUUAAUCAUCUACUGCAAGUAGUCCUUAGCAUCUAGCCUUACUGUAACUAAUAUGUCAGCACCGAAUUCAGGAAAAUGUUAAUUUAAUCAUAAAAUCCCAAAUUAUACUUCAUCUCAAUGUAUAAGUUUAUGAUUAUGGGCAUUGUUGAAAGGAAAAGCAGAAUUAUAUCACUAUACCCAAUGUUUACUAACUUGAGCACAGUUGAAACCCAUCCUAUUAAAUAAAUCUAACUCUGGCAGUAUAGUAAGACAAUGCAUUUGAUUCUGAGGGGGUGUGGCACCUCAUUUUAGUCUAAUCUGUUGGACACAUUUUGUAAUUUCUUAAGAAAUAAAUGAUUUUUUAACACACAUUUGAUGAACAUGUCUGAGAGACACUCUGACCAGCAGCUGUGGAGUACAACAGGUAUAUUGGGCACACAACAUUUUUAAUAGUUAGAACCUGUAUUAAAUACAUAGUGCUCAUCACUGAAAAGAAUAAUUAAUUUUUAAGACCUAGCAUGAUUUAUUAACAGUUUUAACAUAAAUUCAUAUUCACCCAGCCUACCUCCAAUCCGUGUAAGCUAUGAUUCCGUAUUUGUCAUAUAAGCUUUUAAAGUAAAGAAAGGAAAGAGGCUUAUGUUUAUCUUUUCUUUCUCAGACAGCUUGAAAGUAGAAGCUUCCACCCAAACAUGCUAACUAUAGCAAACACUGACUUCAAAAAUACAAAGUUAAUAACCAGCAUUUUUGAUAGAUUAUGGUAGACCAGUUAAUAUGGAGAUUAAGAAAAUAAAUUCUUUUUUUUUUCUGAGCAAUGGAGCAUGUUGGUUUCUCUUUGACUUCUAUUUCUAAGACUACAAAAUACAACCGUGCUUCUAAUUUAAGAGGACCCUGUAGUACCUAACUGGAGAAAGGGAUGCAUAUAAGGUAAUGCUAAUCUCCAAACUGGUGAAUGCGGUUGGUUUCCCGGAACUUGAAUUUUCACUUGGGCAUGCAUAUUUAAGGAAGUAGAAACUCAGAGUUUCGUUCCAGAGAAAGUGGACAUUAGUGUAAAUAAAACUUGCAUAAAUAAUUCUCUCUAUAAGCCAUGUGCCAUAGAUGUAUAUUAGCACACUCUGAUGCAGAAAAAGCAGACUUUAAGUAAAGAGGUAUAUACCAUUCUGUGCUGGGAGAAUACAUUUUUCAUAGUAUUCCUACAAUCAUUUGCAAUUAUUCCUAGAUAACAGAAGGGCACAAUGUAACAUUCUGUCUUUUAUAAUGAUCUACUAUUGUUCACCAGCAAUUUUUAGAGAAUCAAAUUUGGCCAACGUUUUUAUAAUAUCUAUGUAAUUUUUAAGAUGAGUCGUGUCAUGAUCAACAGCAGAACCUAUCUCGUGUUGAAAAGCCUUCACGUUUUUCAAAGGACAGAACGGUCAUUUAUCUGCAUAUGCCCCACCCUUUGUGCACUCUGUGUGAAUAUUUUAUCUUUUAAUUUAAUACAUUGUCAGAUUCUAUGGUAUUCAUUUGAAAGGUUGGCACUUGCUUUCUUUUUAUGUUAAACAUCUAUUAUAGAUAAACCUAUAAUGUGUUUGUAUAUCCAUACAUCAUGGAAAUGAGUCAUGAGCAGAUCAUUUUAUAUUAGCAGUUGAAGAAAUAUCACAUUCAUUUUAUUUUGUGUAAAUCAUAUUCAUUGUGCACUGUAUGUAUAUUUUUGUUGUAAUAAAUAUGGUUUUAUUUUUA